AAAGACAAUAAUACGAAACCAAACCGGAGUCUUUGUGUUCAGACCGAAAUCAAAGUCUGAAUUGGAAGAGGAAGCAAAGUCAACGAAGCCAAGAAACUAGUACACUAUAAAUUCAGAAUGUCAAAUAAAAACCUCAUUUACCUCUAAAACGAAAUCUCCUGAAACCCUAAUUUUCCAAUUCGAUCAGAGAAGAUAUGGACGCCAUUGAUUCCGCCAUCGAUCCACUCAGAGAUUUCGCUAAAAGCAGCGUCCGUCUCGUCCAGCGCUGUCACAAACCCGAUCGCAAGGAAUUCACGAAGGUGGCUGUGCGUACGGCGAUAGGAUUUGUGGUGAUGGGAUUCGUAGGGUUCUUCGUGAAGCUCGUUUUCAUCCCAAUCAACAACAUCAUCGUUGGAUCUUCUUAGCCUAAAUAUUUUUACGAGGUUUUACACUUAUCUUUUCCUCCUCUGAUGAUUUUGCGGCAUACAGUAGUUAAUAAUAAUAAUAAUAAGUCAAUGUUGUCAAUGGAUCUCGCAUCAUUGUAUGUGCAUAGAUACAUGUCAUGUUUCUUGCAUUGAACCAAUGGUUCUGUCUCAUUGUAUAUUUGCCCUUUAUGAUGAGUUUUUAUUUGUUCUGAAUCCAUUCUCUGCGGUUAGUCAUGGAUGGAGUCUUUCUUUGUAUUUGAGUUCAUUGUUCAUAUGAGGGUUGCCUUGUAGUCUUUCUAAAUUUACCCUUUGCGGAUCUUUGAUCGUAUUUUGUUGUACCACCAUUUGAUUGUUUCUUUCAAGCAAGAUAUCAUGAUAGUACAAAGUUCAUAUGUGAAAGUCUCUCCAAUCUAAACUGAACUGUUAUUUUUGCAGGCUAUGCGCCAAGGAGGAGUAGGAAGGAAAGAGACUCCAUAACCUGUUGUGAAACCUCUCUGUAUUCUCUGUUUUUCUAGGUUACAUUUUUAUCCACCCUUGAAACUUGAAAGUCUGAUUUUCCUUUAUUUGGAUUUUCUCGUUUCUUUAAGACCCAUAAGAUUUUAUUUCUUUUUGUAUACAAAAAAGUAUUGUCCUCGAGAAACUACGCUUUAAACACGAAACUCUACAUUUUUUAGUGA